AUGGAGCACGAUACCAAGACUCCACAAUACAAGACUAGCGAUCCCACAUCGUUCGCUCAUGAGUCUGUCAAGAAGCGAUGGCCUGUCAUUCUGACCCAAGGAAUUGACGAUGUUUACCGCGCUGUUACCAAGACCUCCGACCCCGAGAAACUAGCCGAGGGCAAGAAGAUCAUCGAGAAGAUGGCGGGUCUCAAGUACGAAGUCGAACACGAUCGCAAACUUACUCCCAUCCCCGAUGAUGGUUUCACUGAGGAGAUUGCGACCUACAACAAGGAGAUUGAGGCUCUAGGUCCUGAUGCUCACUGGCGCAUAAGCUCCAUCUUCCGUAUGAGUGAGCACUGGAAGAACUAUGAUAUCUUUGCCAGACAAAAGAUGGAUACCUUCCGAUCAUCAAGACCCGCUGUCCUCGAGCUCGCCAGUAACUACAGACAACUGGUUCAGCAACUCCGCGCCGAUAAAGACUCAACCCACGACCCCGAAGCAGAGAAGACGCUCUUUCAAGAGAUGUUUGAGAUUUGCCUGUGGGGUAACGCGACUGACUUGUCACUACUCACCAACUUGACCUACGAGGAUAUUCAGAAGCUGCAGGGUUCCUCGGCUCGUAAGGCGGCCGAGAAAAAUAUUCUUUGCAACGAUCUACCCAAGGCAUAUGAGAUCCUCAAGAAGGCCCAAAAUGAGGGUAAGAAAGAGCGUCGCGUUGAUAUCGUUCUCGACAAUGCCGGCUUCGAACUGUAUGUUGAUAUGAUCCUGGCCGGUUAUCUCCUCUCCGCUGGUCUUGCUACCCAGGUUGUUUUACGACCCAAGUCUAUCCCCUGGUUCGUCUCAGAUGUUGUACCCAGCGAUUUCAGCGGCCUCCUAAACGCCGUUGCCAACCCCCGUGCAUUGUACGACACACCAUCAGAGGACGAAGAUCUUCAAGGAAAGAAGCCUGAGCCUCUAUCUGAAGAGGGAGAGAAGGAUCUCCAGUUCCUCUUCCAAGAGUGGGCCACAUUCCACGCCGAAGGACAACUUAUUCUCCGACCUAACCGAUACUGGACCUAUGGCGGAAGCUUCUGGCGCUUGCCCUCCGAGAACCCCGAGUUGCACGAGGAGCUCAAGCCUGCCGAGCUUGUCAUCUUUAAGGGAGAUCUAAACUAUCGUAAGCUCACAGCUGAUGCUGCUUGGCCCCCAACUACACCAUUCACUGAAGCCCUAGGUCCCCUAGGUCCCUCUUCAGGUGUCAACGUUCUGUCUCUACGAACCUGCAAGGCCGAUGUUGUCGUUGGCCUUCCUGAGGGCAAGGAUGAAGAGCUGAGGCAACUUGAGGGUGGCGGUGGUGAUUCUGGUGCCAGAAAGUGGGCAUGGAAUGGCAAAUGGGCUGUCGUUAACCUUUCUCAAGGCCACUAA